UUCCCCGCGCCGGCGCGCCGCUCAUGUGCAUACACAGCUGCUUGGAAUCUGUCGAGCUCCUGUUUGAUUAUUUCUCCGUAACGGGAUGCCCCAGCUGUGAAGGCAGGUCUAUAAGUAACAUGUCACGGAUUCCCCUCCUCACCCGACUGUUCCAGGAGAGACGUUCUGCUCGUUAUCCCACUUUAUCCUGUUCUAAGCCUUCUUCUCUUCUCGCCCACCAUGGCACCCUCUCUUGAGAUCUCGGACUCCACGAAGAAAGAUGUGGUCCAUCAAGAGCUUUGCAGCGAAAAGGAGCUGGAUAGUGACAUCAGUCGCGCCGAUGUUCUGGCCAUCGCUCCGGAGACGACCCUCGAGUCCUUUGCGCACCUGGAUGAGAAAAGAAUACUGAGAAAGAUGGAUAUCCGCUUAAUCCCCAUGCUUGCCGUUCUUUACUUGCUAUCAUUCCUAGACAGAGGCAACAUCGGAAACGCCAAGAUCGAAGGUCUUCAGGAGGACUUGGGGAUGACCGCCGACGAAUACAACUGGUGCCUGACCGUGUUUUUCUUCACAUAUGCUGCCUUUGAGGUGCCCAGCAACCUGCUGCUGAAAAAGCUACGCCCUUCCCGGUGGCUCCCAUUAAUCAUGCUUGCGUGGGGGACCGUGAUGACCUUGAUGGGCAUAGUGAGGAAUUACCACGGAUUGCUGAUUACGAGGGUAAUGCUUGGUGCUACCGAAGCUGGCUUAUAUCCUGGGUGUGCUUACUAUCUCACCAUGUGGUACUGCCGCCAUGAGAUACAACUCCGACAGGCUAUGUUUUUCUCCGCAGCUUCGAUAGCUGGUGCAUUCAGCGGGCUUCUGGCUUUUGCGAUCGCGAAGAUGGACGGUAUUGGAAACCUGGAAGGUUGGCGUUGGAUCUUCAUCCUCGAGGGCCUCGUCACCGUCGUCGUUGCCGUUAUUUCGUUCUUUGUGCUACACGAUUUUCCAGAGACGGCCAGUUUCCUCACCGAGGAGGAGCGAGCCUUCGUGUUGUUUCGUCUGAAAUACCAGGGGCAGCGUGAGGGGAAUAGUGGGCAGCCACAGGUGGCGGAAGCCGAUGAAUUCAAGUGGAAAUACGUUCUCGACGCGUUUAAGGAUUGGCAGAUUUGGGUCAACAUAUUUGUCUACUGGGGCAUCGUAUGCCCACUUUACGGUGUCAGCCUCUUUCUGCCAACCAUUAUCAGGAACUUGGGGUACUCUUCAAGCACAGCGCAGCUCAUGACCGUACCUGUCUAUAUCGUAGCCGCAGUUCUCGCGGUUGUCUUCGCUUUUUUUUCGGACCGUUUGGGGAAACGCAGCCCGUUCAUCAUCGGAUUUCUAUUUAUCAUGGCGGUUGGGUUCGCAAUGUGUAUAUCCACGACGAACCCUCGAGUUGUAUAUGGUGGCGUCUUUCUAGCCGCGUGCGCCGUUUACCCGGCGUUCCCUGGCGUGGUUACGUGGCUCUCGAAUAACCUAGCGGGCAGUUACAAACGCAGCGCUGGGAUGGCCAUCCAAAUCGGGAUCGGAGGUCUUGGUGGUGCCAUGGCAUCCAACUUCUACCGCCAGAACGACGCUCCAAGAUAUAUCCUUGGCCACGGCCUAGAACUGGGAUUCAUCGGCGUGGGCCUCGUUGCCUCGGUUAUCCUCGUCAUAUCGUACACCGCUAUCAACAGGAAGAGGGAGAGACUCCUCCGGCAGGGCGGGGACACUCGAUUUACCCUGGACGAACUAUCCGCUCAUGGCGACAGGGCAGUGACUUUUAGAUACGUAAUCUAGAUAUAUGUAAAUAUUCCAGGCGAUCUUGUGAGUUUGGAUACUAGGUACCAUAGAGACCCCCGUCUAUAAUCGAAGCUUACCAUAAUGGCAAAC